AAGACUUCUUUCCAGCCAUGCUUUCUAACAAGCUUGAUGGACCACGUCGAGGAAGGUCUUUUGACUCUAUCAAUAAGUUUUACGAAGAGAAGAAACUCAACAAUGAGAUGAACAAAACUUCUUUGAACAAAACGGAUGAGAACAAAGACAAGAUAAUUUCCUCCAAGAGGGAACAUGCUGCAAUUGUCUUCUCUCUGAAGAAUGAAGUUGGAGGUCUUGUGAAGGCUUUGAAACUAUUUCAGGACAACCAGGUAAACCUUUUACAUAUUGAGUCACGCAAGUCCCAGCGGCGCAACUCAGAGCUGGAAGUAUUGGUUGAUUGUGACAGUGAUCAAGAAACUCUGAAAGAAAUCGUUCAGCUGCUGCGCAAACAAACAAGCAUUAUAGCCAUGGACUCACCUGAUACGUUCUGCACUUCUGCAAAUGAUCUUUCCGAGGUGCCUUGGUUCCCCAAGAAAGUUUCAGAUCUGGAUAAGAGUGCCAGUCGUGUUCUGAUGUACGGUUCAGAUUUGGAUGCUGAUCAUCCGGGAUUCAAGGACAAUGUUUACCGAAAAAGAAGGAAAUAUUUUGCUGAUCUUGCCAUGAGUUACAAACAUGGAGAUCCCAUACCACGUGUGGAAUUUACAGAUGAAGAGGUGAAGACAUGGGGAAUAGUGUUUCGGGAGUUGAAUAAACUAUACCCUACACAUGCAUGUAGAGAGUACCUUCGCAACUUGCCACUGCUCACCCAACACUGCGGCUACAGAGAGGACAACAUACCACAGCUGGAAGAUGUGUCCAACUUCCUGAGAGAACGAAGUGGCUUUACCAUUCGCCCUGUUGCUGGGUACCUGUCACCAAGAGAUUUUCUGGCUGGACUGGCCUACAGAGUGUUUCACUGUACACAAUAUGUGCGUCACAGCUCAGAUCCUCUCUACACUCCAGAGCCGGACACCUGUCAUGAGUUGCUGGGUCAUGUUCCUCUGUUGGCUGAACCCAGUUUUGCACAGUUCUCUCAGGAAUUAGGACUGGCUUCUCUUGGGGCAUCUGAUGAUGCUGUACAGAAACUGGCAACAUGCUAUUUCUUUACGGUGGAGUUUGGUCUGUGCAAGCAGGAGGGAAAUCUCAGAGCAUAUGGUGCUGGGCUUCUCUCAUCCAUCAGCGAACUUAAGCACUCUCUCUCAGGCACUGCUAAAAUCCUUCCCUUUGAGCCCAAAAUCACCUGUAAACAGGAGUGUCUUAUCACCACCUUUCAAGAAGUGUACUUUGUUUCUGAGAGCUUUGAGGAAGCCAAAGUCAGAAUGCGUGAGUUUGCAAAGACAAUCCAGCGUCCAUUCUCACUGCGUUAUAACCCGUACACACAGAGUAUAUGUGUGCUAAAAGACAUGCCCAGCAUCAACGAUGUGGUUGAGGAGCUGAGACAUGAGCUGGACAUUGUAGGAGAUGCUCUCUGCCGACUAAGUACACAUAUGGGAGUCUAACACUAUUAUUAUUCUUGUUGAUAUUAAUAGGUCUAAUUUUAAUAAUUAUUUACAUUCUCUGAGUGCAAAUAUGAUUCACUCUUAAAGGGAUAGUUCACCCAAAAUUAAAAAAAUUGUCAUAAUUUACUCACUGUCAUGUUGUUCCACAGUUCACAGUGGCAAAUGUGUUCACACAUUUUUCACUGAAAAAUUAUUUAAAUUUCAGAUUUUUUCUCACCAAAACUUAUUGUGUGGCUUCAGAAAACUUGGCAUAUGAUGCAAAAUAAUAUGAUUUACUUUUAUACAUUUGGGUCAUUUUCUAAGGGUACGUUUACACAACAAUGAUGUACUAAUAACGGAAACGUUUUUCCUUUGCGUUUUUGACACGUUCACACGGAUCCGCGAAAACAACUAAACACGCUGUAUUAUGCAUGCCAGGCAAGUAGUUUGUUGAUGUCACUUUGUAAAGAAACACUACGCGCCUGCGCACAUAAGCAUUCGUCCACAGAGCGGUGAAUGCAAACAAUGAAGAUUUGCGAAAGCAUCGAGCAAUUUUGUCUGGACGGACGAUGAGGUUGCUUUAUUACUACAAGUCUUGAGUAGCACAAACACAGUCCUGUAGUCCACCAUUGUAGUUUUGAAUGUCUCGCUCUUUGUUUUGAAGUACUCUAAACUAUAGACUGAACGCGUAAUACGCAUGCGCAUGACAUCAUCGUUUUCAUAAAUUCGCGUUUUUGUAUGUUUACACGGAGACGAUAACGGCCUCAUUUUCAAAAACGUGCACUUUGAAACCCGUUUUUAAAUGUUUGCAUUUCCAGGCCCCAAAAUGACAUUGUCGUGUAAACAAACAGCCAAAACGCAUAAAAAGUUUUCCAUUUUCAGUUGAAAAUGUUGUCGUGUAAAUGGCCCCUAAGCUUGAAAGUGAGGCACUAUAUACUGCCAUUGAACUGAAAAGAUAGACCACAAUAUUUAUUAAAACAUCACCUUUUGUGUUCCAUAAAAGAAAGAAAGUUAUACGGGUUUGGAACAACAUUAAGGUAAGUAAAUUAUGACAGAACUUUCAUUUUGUGUGAACUAUUCCUUUAAUGUCUCAUCUUUUUUUUAAAACUGAAUAUCAGCCAGAUACGACAAAGCACUUAAAUAUAUAUCUGCUGUUUUCUAGAUUCAGUGAGUGCUCUUGAAACACAAAGAAAACACCAUCACGGCAAGGACUAUAGCCAUGAUCUUAUCUCAUAUGAUAACAGUCUUCACACUCGAAUCAUACUGUCUGUAUUCUCUAUCCUCCUCUCUGCUCUGUAUAUAAACUGUUCAUAGGCAGUUUAUAAUCUUCUAAGGAAAGAUUAAGUUUGAAAAGCAGUUUUGAAAAGCAAAUGUGUCACAUUUACCAACAUUUCUCACAUCUAUGUUACCUUUUAGAAUCAUUCAGUAUGAUCAAAUUCUAAACUAAACGUAUAUUGCUAUGAAUCCUUAAUGUGUUCAUUGUGUUUUCUUAGUCAGUUAGAUGCAUUUGUUGUUUUUCCCGGCACCAUAAGUGAAACAUAGCCCCGAAUACAUGCACCAACUUCAUUAUACAUGUUCCUUUAACGCUGAAUAAUUUAUUGAUUGGUGCUUGUGACAUAAAUAUGUUUAUUAUCCACAAUGUUCCAUUAAUUGGCUUUAUUCUGUGUGUGGAUCUGUAAUUGUGGUUUGAAUAUUGUGUAUGUGUUUGCAUCUUUUUGUGUUUAAAUGAUUGCUGCUUGUCGUGGGCCAUUCAUGUUUAUGCAUUUUGCAUAAUCAUUUUGAAACUGGAUUCUCAAGCACAGAUAAGGAAGGAGAAGAACAAAACUUAAUAAAUGCAUAAA